UGUCAAGCAGUGUCUUCUCAAUGCUCCAAUUUGAUUGGCUGUCAAAGGACACACCCUUGUUUCUGACCUGACACACCUCCACUGAAGGGCACUACAUCUACUUACAUGCACUCACCAAUAACAAUAUUAACUUAUUUGACAAACUGUAAAUUAUCUGACAACUUCAACCAUUUGUUACACCUUACAAGAGUAGUACCCAUACCUUUAUUUAAGCAAAUUGUAUGAAUUCAUAACUGUCCACCUCUGCAUGAUGACUAUGCCUUCAGUGUGUACGCACGUCACUGCUGCUUUGAAUAGCUGAACCAUGUGAUUCCUGCAGAUCCUAUUUCGGAACCCUUUAAGUCACCGCACGGUCCUCUCGGUAGCUCAAAGAAUAGAGAACAACGUGCUAUUUAAUCACAUUUCUCUGGAGGCGCACAGUGCUACAGUGUAUCAACAGGAGAAGACUUAAGUGUGUGCCGCUUCCCCCCUGUGACCCCCAAAUCGCGGUCAACCCUCUCCAGCUCGGCCGCCUUCCCUUCCCUGCAGUCGGACCAAUGGGGCUGGACAAACUUGUGAGAUUUGGGAAGCAGUUGCUCAGGGUCAAGGUGGUGGACUGUAACACGGAGGAUUCUCGCCUGUCGCGAUGCCUCAACACUUUAGACCUGGUGGCACUAGGGGUGGGUAGCACGCUGGGGGCCGGCGUCUACGUGCUCGCGGGUGCUGUCGCACGGGAGAAUUCAGGUCCUGCCAUAGUGCUGUCUUUCCUGAUAGCAGCUUUAGCAUCAGUCCUAGCCGGCUUGUGCUAUGCUGAAUUUGGAGCUCGUGUUCCCAAGACAGGCUCAGCUUAUCUGUACUCUUAUGUGACUGUUGGCGAACUCUGGGCCUUCAUAACUGGAUGGAACCUCAUCCUUGCCUAUAUCAUUGGUACUGCCAGUGUGGCCAGAGCAUGGAGCGCUACCUUUGAUGAGUUAAUAGGGAAGCGGAUAGAGGAGUUCUGCAGAGGGUACAUGCACAUGAAUGCACCAGGAGUACUGGCAGAAUAUCCUGACUUGUUUGCUGUUGUCAUCAUUAUCACCCUCACAGGUCUGCUGGCAUUUGGAGUAAAAGAGUCUGCAAUGGUCAACAAGGUUUUUACGUGUAUCAACAUGCUAGUCCUGUUGUUCAUGGUGAUCUCUGGCCUGGUCAAAGGUACUUUGAAGAACUGGUACCUGAACCCUGAUGAAAUCCUGCAUGCAUUUAACAGCAGUAACUCCAGCCACAAUUUUACAGAUGUCUUGCCAACUAGAGAGGAACUAGGUGGCGGUGGCUUCAUGCCAUUUGGUUUCACAGGCGUCCUGUCUGGAGCUGCUACCUGUUUCUACGCAUUUGUUGGAUUCGACUGCAUAGCAACCACAGUGUGCAUUUUGAACAUGAUGCCCUCAGGAGAAGAGGCGAAGAACCCCCAGCGAGCCAUCCCGAUCGGCAUUGUGUCGUCGCUGCUGAUCUGCUUUGUGGCGUACUUCUGCGUUUCUGGCGCACUCACGCUCAUGAUGCCGUACUACCUGCUCGACAGCAAUAGCCCCCUUCCCGUUGCUUUUAAGUACGUGGGCUGGGAAGGAGCCAAAUAUGCUGUGGCUGUCGGCUCCCUUUGUGCACUGUCCACGAGCCUGCUGGGCUCUAUGUUUCCAAUGCCCCGUGUCAUCUGGGCUAUGGCUGACGACGGGCUGCUUUUCGAGUUCAUGGCCAAGAUCAGCCCGCGCAGCAAAACCCCGCUAACUGCAACCCUCACCUCUGGCAUAGUGGCAGCUGCCAUGGCAUUUCUGUUUGACCUGAAGGAUCUGGUGGACCUGAUGUCCAUCGGCACACUGCUGGCCUAUACAUUAGUGGCUGCCUGUGUCUUGGUACUAAGGUACCAGCCCGAGCAGCCCAGUGCGGCGUAUCAGAUGGCCAAUAUGCAGGAGGAGCUGGAGCAGAGCGAUGGCAGUAUGGGCAUCCUACCCGGCGUGGAGGAGAGGUUCAGCUUAAAUACGUUGUUCUUCCCGGACAACCUUGAUCCGACCUCCCUUUCAGGCUUCACGGUCAACAUCUGUGCCUCUAUCAUGGGGCUGCUGAUCCUGACGUUCAGUGCGAUGGCUGUCCAGGGAGGCUCAACUUUGUUGAACAUUUUAAUCCUCAGUAUCAUCUUUAUCAUGUGCCUCCUCCUCACUUGUAUUGUCUGGAGACAGCCACAGAGCAAAACAAAGCUCUCUUUUAAGGUUCCGUUCCUGCCUAUUCUUCCGGUGAUCAGCAUGUUUGUUAAUGUCUACCUGAUGAUGCAGCUGGACAGAGGCACUUGGAUACGGUUUUCAAUCUGGAUGGCUUUAGGUUUUUUGAUCUACUUUUGCUACGGCAUCCAUCACAGCGCAGAGGCAGCGGCGGCGGCGGCCCGCUCAUCUCCUGACACGGAGAUGAACGGCUUCAAGCGCGACCGAGAUUCUGUAUCCACAACACCCGAAAAGGAGGCCUUCCUUCACAACGGCAUCGAGCUCAUGGAGGAUGACGACGGAGACUUGUAGGGAUCUUUGUUUUGCAUACACAACGACCUGCCCUGGCAACGGUGUGUCUGUGUAAUUUGGACGGUGCAUCUCCCAGUCCUUCAAGUAACAAUUAGGGAAUGUUUAAACUAUAACAUUCAAACACACGAUUUGUGAAGCUGCAUGCUGCUGUAUUGAAUAUUUUGCUGAAAUAUGAGGGUAUCAGAGGCGGCACGGUGGACGACUGGUUAGAGCGUCUACCUCACAGUUCUGAGAAAUCGGGGUCCAAUCCCCGGCCCCACCUGUGUGGAGUUUGCAUUUUCUCCCCGUGCCUGCAUGGGUUUUCUCCAGGCACUCCGGUUUCCUCCCACAUCCCAAAAACAUGCAUGGUAGGUUAAUUGAAGUCUCUAAAUUGCCCCUAGGUGUGAAUGUGAGUGCGAAUGGUUGUUUGUUUAUGUGUGCCCUGCGAUUGGCUGGCAACCAGUUCAGGGUGUACCCCGCCUCCUGCCUGAUGACAGCUGGGAUUGGCUCCAGCACGCCCGCGACCCUAGUGAGGAGAAGCGGCUCAGAAAAUGGAUGGAUGGAUGGAUGAAGGCUCAGAUGUAUUAUGUAGCUUGACAUGAAACCAGUUCAAGUUCCUGGGUGACCAUAAUAUUUGCUUGUCUGGGUCAGAUUAUGUCCAGAAGCCAGUAAUCAUCAACUUCUUAUAUUCCCUUUCAAUGAAACCAAUAUUACUUUGUAUUGAUAGUGUUGGACAAGUUCCAAAAUGUUACUAGUUAAUGUCAUUUGAAAAUAAUUUAGUUAUAGUAUGGGCUCUGAAUUGGUUGUGCAUCACACUACUUCUACAUUUAAGUUACUUUCACUAAAACGACUACAAAAUUGUAUAGUAUGAAAAUAAAUGAACACUUUAAUGGCCUUUAACACGACCAUAAUGUUUGUUAAACAAUUUUAAUAAGCCUACUUUCCAUUGUAAUGCGGACAUAACGUCAUCAUGAUAAAGUGUAUUUGAGAAAAAUAAUCGUAUUUAUUUACUUUGCUUCAACGACUGGGCCUAAAAAGAAAUAAAUAACAAACUUGCCAGGCGUUAUCGGCGACUAAAACAAACUUGGUCCCGAUAAUAUUGAUGAACAGAUGCAAUGAUGCAUGAACAAUAACUGAAAAGCCCGCCAGUGGCGGGACAGUCAGACAGGCGGGAUUUAAACCGCCUCUCAUUGUGACAGAGUGAAUAGAAUCCCAGAUUAUUUAGAAUUUACCAGCAGGAUGCUUUCUGUUGGUCCAAAAAGUGAACAUGUGAAAGGAAAGCAAUGUCUGGUCACCCCAAUGCAUUGCAACAUGCCUUACUGUGAUUGUAACAGGUAUAAUGUUACUACAUUCUAUUAGUAAUACUUCCAAAAAGUUCACCAAAAAAAAAUACACAUUACUUUUGUCACCCGUUGCUGGGUUCCAUCACCGUGGACAUAUUUCUUGAUAUGCACCAGUACAUUCUAUAAUUGCCAACACUUAUGUAAGUGAUGUUGAAAUGUUCCCCCAGUUCUGGCAGGACACUCCAACACAAAUAGCUCAUCUCUAAUAUUAUUGCUGUCAAUCACUGGCAGCACAAAUGGCUGCACCUGUUAGGGCAGCAGCGGAGGUUGCAGGUCAUACAAAGAUCAGGUGUCCAAAAUAAGGUCGCAAGUAGUAGUUCUAGUUCUAGUAGUUCUUCUAGUUUGGCUGUCAUUGAUAAAUCUAUGACUAGUGCUGAGCAUUGCGUUUGAGCAUUUUCACAGUGCUGGCUGCUGUGUCCUUUAGCACAUCUGCUUGUUACAUUGUCUUGUUGUGUUUUUCAAACAUAAUGUGAAACAAUGCCUUCUGUAGACUUUUUAAAAAUAUGUAUUCUCCUUUCCCUUAUUAUAGACUUCACCUGUUUUUUUUCUUCAUUCUAAACGUUUACCCAUUAUGAAGGCUGCUUUCUUUUCAGAUCAGUAUUUUUGUUUCAGUUGUUGUAGAAUUGAAUCAAAUUGAAUAUAAACACCUUUAUUUUAUUUUUUUUUAAAAGUUUGUACAAAUUUAAAAUCGAAAAACGUGACUUCUAUUUACAUUAUCCACAACUAUUUAGGUUCCGGUUGAGGUCUUAUUUUUAAGACAAGGUAUUUACCGUGUGGGUUAGGAAGUUUCCCAUAACAAAGUAGUGUGGCUAAAUACAGUAUAAUAAAAGAAUAUGUAUAUAAUUUUGUUUAUAUCACUUUAAGUAAAUUAUUUGUAAAUGUGGGAAUGUUGUGUUGUUAUUUUGUAUGUCCGGUGUAUAAAUUGUCUGUGGAUGAUUUGGUUACAGCGGGUUUUGUGUUGCACAGUUAAAUGUAUUCUAUAUACCAUAUCUUGUAUCCUCCGUAAUGUUCUAAAUCAGAGUGCACUUGUCAUAUGAAUUAGGUAUUAGCAAAAGUCGGUAGCUGUGAGCUGAAGGGUUUGCGUGUCGAUAAGUCCUUGGGUUCUGUUAUCUUUCACGGGAGAUGGAAAAAUAAAAAUUCAUCAUUGUAUUGUACAGUAAUUAAACUCCAUGAACUGCGCAUGCUUCUGUAAUUUCAACUUGCUGAAACCUGGUCAGUUCUGGCAGAGAGAAAUUUGCU